AUGUCCCACUCUGCUGUGCCUCAUCAUUGCUUCGACAGCAACGACGGUCCCGACGACUCGUCCGUUCUGACCCAACUGCCACCAGUAUGUGACUCCUGUGGACGUGUGGACUUCCAAGAUAUCUACACCUCCCUUCGCGUGCUGCAGUCCUUGGUGGCUUACGCGGCGUCGAUGAGGCCUAGUCAUGACACUCAUGGUGGAAGGGCGCGACAGCCUCAGCAACCGGCAGGCGAGGUUUGCUGCUGCAGGCCGUCGUCCAGGGGAGCGGCUCCGACGAGCAAGUUCCAUUCGCAGGCGGAGAACCCGAGAGCAUCACCAGAUGGAAGAAAGGCGAACUGGGCAUCUCGCGAGGUCGGCUCUCAUGAAGGAAUAACGACUGUGAUGAUGAGACACAUCCCAAAUCGGUAUACGCAGGCCGAGCUGAUCGCCGAGGUAACUUUCACCGGAUUUGGUGGGACAUUUGACUUUUUCUACCUCCCCAUGGAUCACAGCACUAGAGCUAAUUUCGGCUACUGCUUCAUCAACUUUACAACGCCAGAAGUGGCUUCACUGUUCACACACCUUUUCAGCGGGAAGCAGUUGAACAUGUCAACGUCGAAGAAAAUCGUAGAAAUUGUGCCCGCUAAGCUGCAAGGUUUCGAUGCCAAUUUAUUGCACUACAGCAAGAAGGCCGUCUCCACUGACUCGAAGGAAGAGUUCCGUCCACUGUUCCUGGUUGAUGGCUAUCGACUUUCUUUCACUCGCGUUCCAUUACGAAAACCAAGAGAGAUAGGGAGGCAUUCGUCCAGACAGCGAUCCGCGUGUUCCAGCCCUGAGAGGAGCGACAAGGAGAAUCGAGUCGGUCUUGCCUCUAAUAGCGGGGCUCUUCUCAAGAACGCCUGCCACUGUACUGGAGAUAAUCCAAUUUCAGGCGAGGAGAGACUGAUGGGGGAGCGUUACGCUCCUUUUGGGUUCAAUGAUGCCCAGGAGACGUUCCGCUGGAUGAAGACCUCUAACGAGGCCUCAGACGGUCCUCCCCCGAUCCAAUCUCCCGACUUUCCAAUAUUCCUAGAUGGUGAUCAUCCGUCGACUAUCGUUAACAGGGCAGCUUCUUCCGCUGAUGCUGGUCCGACCUCGAGCCCAAACAUUCCGAAUCGAUACACUCAAGGAGAGCUGAUCCAAGAAAUUUCCUCCUCGGGCUUUGCGGGCAAGUUCGAUUUCUUCUACCUGCCAAUCGAUCGUGUUUCCAUGGCUAAUGCUGGUUAUUGCUUCAUCAACUUCACCAACGUUCAAGAUGCCAAUUGUUUUGCCAACUUCUAUGCUGGCCGAGUGCUGGGCAACUUCGGAUCAAGGAAGGUGGUCGAGAUCGUCCCUGCUGCUAUACAGGGCUUCUAUGAGAACCUCAGUCAUUACAGCAAGAAGGUCGUGUCUACUGAGAAUAAUCCAGAGUACGUCAAACGCCUACCGUAA